AUGACUGUAGAACAACACAGCAACUAUACAAUAACUGCACAACACAGCAACUAUACAAUAAUAACUGUACAACAACACAGCAACUAUACAAUAAUAACUGUACAACACAGCAACUAUACACUAAUAACUGUACAAUACAGCAACUAUACAAUAAUAACUGUAGAACAACACAGCAGCUAUACAAUAAUAACUGUACAACAACACAGCAACUAUACAAUAACUGCACAACACAGCAACUGUACAAUGACUGUAGAACAACACAGCAACUAUACAAUAACUGCACAACACAGCAACUAUACAAUAACUCUACGACAACACAGCAACUAUACAAUAAUAACUGUAGAACAACACAGCAACUGUAUAAUAACUCUACAACAACACAGCAACUGUACAAUAAUAACUACAACAACACAGCAGCUAUACAAUAACUGUACAACAACACAGCAACUAUACAAUAACUGCACAACACAGCAACUAUACAAUAAUAACUGUACAACAACACAGCAACUAUACAAUAAUGACUGUAGAACAACACAGCAACUAUACAAUAAUGACUGUAGAACAACACCGCAACUAUACAAUAAUAACGCUACAACACAGCAACUAUACAAUAACUGUACAACAACACAGCAACUAUACAAUAACUGCACAACACAGCAACUAUACAAUAAUAACUGUACAACAACACAGCAACUAUACAAUAAUGACUGUAGAACAACACAGCAACUAUACAAUAAUGACUGUAGAACAACACCGCAACUAUACAAUAAUAACUCUACAACACAGCAACUAUACAAUAAUAACUGUACAACAACACAGCAACUAUACAAUAAUGACUGUAGAACAACACAGCAACUAUACAAUAAUGACUGUAGAACAACACCGCAACUAUACAAUAAUAACUCUACAACACAGCAACUAUACAAUAACUGCACAACACAGCAACUAUACAAUAAUAACUGUACAACAACACCGCAACUAUACAAUAAUAACUCUACAACACAGCAACUAUACAAUAACUGCACAACACAGCAACUAUACAAUAACUGCACAACACAGCAACUAUACAAUAACUGUACAACAACACAGCAACUAUACAAUAAUGACUGUAGAACAACACAGCAACUAUACAAUAACUGCACAACACAGCAACUAUACAAUAAUAACUGUACAACAACACAGCAACUAUACAAUAAUGACUGUACAACAACACAGCAACUAUACACUAAUAACUGUACAAUACAGCAACUAUACAAUAACUGUACAAUACAGCAACUAUACAAUAACUGUACAACACAGCAACUAUACAAUAAUAACUGUACAACAACACAGCAACUAUACAAUAAUAACUGUACAACACAGCAACUAUACAAUAACUGUACAAGAACACAGCAACUAUACAAUAACUGUACAACACAUCAACUAUACAAUAAUAACUCUACGACAACACAGCAACUAUACAAUAACUGUACAACACAGCAACUAUACAAUAAUAACUGUACAACACAGCAACUAUACAAUAACUGUACAACACAGCAACUAUACAAUAACUGUACAACACAGCAACUAUACAAUAAUAACUGUACAACACAGCAACUAUACAAUAAUAACUGUACAACACAGCAACUAUACAAUAACUGCACAACACAGCAACUAUACAAUAACUGCACAACACAGCAACUAUACAAUAACUGUACAACAACACAGCAACUAUACAAUAAUGACUGUAGAACAACACAGCAACUAUACAAUAACUGCACAACACAGCAACUAUACAAUAAUAACUGUACAACAACACAGCAACUAUACAAUAAUGACUGUACAACACAGCAACUAUACACUAAUAACUGUACAAUACAGCAACUAUACAAUAACUGUACAAUACAGCAACUAUACAAUAACUGUACAACACAGCAACUAUACAAUAAUAACUGUACAACACAGCAACUAUACAAUAAUAACUGUACAACACAGCAACUAUACAAUAACUGUACAAGAACACAGCAACUAUACAAUAACUGUACAACACAUCAACUAUACAAUAAUAACUCUACGACAACACAGCAACUAUACAAUAAUAACUGUACAACACAGCAACUAUACAAUAAUAACUGUACAACACAGCAACUAUACAAUAAUAACUGUACAACACAGCAACUAUACAAUAAUAACUGUACAACACAGCAACUAUACAAUAAUAACUGUACAACACAGCAACUAUACAAUAAUAACUGUACAACACAGCAACUAUACAAUAACUGUACAAGAACACAGCAACUAUACAAUAACUGUACAACACAGCAACUAUACAAUAAUAACUCUACGACAACACAGCAACUAUACAAUAAUAACUGUACAACACAGCAACUAUACAAUAAUAACUGUACAACACAGCAACUAUACAAUAAUAACUGUACAACACAGCAACUAUACAAUAAUAACUGUACAACACAGCAACUAUACAAUAACUACGACAACACAGCAACUAUACAAUAA